CGCGGGCGCUCGGGCUCGGAGGCGGGGCGGUGGCUUCGCCGCACUAGGCUAUCAGACUGGCUGCUGCCAACCUCCACCUGCCCGCAAAUCCCAUCACAGGAGCAAGGGCCUCCCAGUACGAACGCGAAGACCCCUUAUAGUUCUUGGUAGCAGCGGCGUUGGCGGCGGCCGUGGAAGAGAAACAGAAGAAAAGGAUGUGGCAGAUACGGGCGUCGUUCUUCCAGGUCAGACACUUGCUGGUUUCAACGUGGAUGACGGAGGCAGGCUGUCACAGCUCUCCUGGGAAGGACAAAGAGGUGACAUUGGAGAACACUAUGAACUUCUCUGAUAUUUACCACUCUGAUGAAGAGUACUUCAGGAAACUCAAAGACCUGAGGGCUGCCCAUGCAGAGGCCAUGGUAAAAUUAGAGAAAAUGUACCAGGACAAGCUAACUAUGAAGGACAUCCAGGCAGCGCUCGUUGGGGAUGAUUCUUCUAGUUCUGCAUCGGAAAAGAGCUGCUCACAUCCUGCCUUGUCGGCGACCUCGCUUUCAGAGCCUGACCUAGACCGGUCGUCCUCCUUGUCCACAACUACUGAUGAGUUGCCCGACCUAGAGAAAAAGACUCCUGGGGAAAUCGGAACAAGGUCCUAUGCCAAGGAGCUCAUAAACAACAUGUGGAACGACUUUUCUGUUGAAGAUUAUACUCAGUAUGACUCUGACCUCCAAACAGCCAAGAAAAACAGGAAGAAACCUAAAGCCUGGACGCCCAGGAUUACAGUGCCGGUGCCCUUUGAAAUGACGGUAAGAGAGCAGAAGCGGAGAGAGAAGGCCUCGGAUGCUCAGGAAACCAGGGAGAAGAUGCUCAAGAGGAAUGAGGACGAUGCAGAGUGUAAGAAGAAAUUCCGAGCCAAUCCAGUUCCUUCCCGCCUGCUCCUUCCCCUUUAUGAGGAUCUAGUCAAGCAGAACGAGGAGCGUCGGAAGAAGACCCGGGAGAGGAGCAAAGCCGCACUCCUGGCCUCCCAGAAGCCCUUUAAGUUCAUUGCGAGGGAGGAACAGAAGCAAGCAAUCCGUGAGAAGAAGCUGAGAGAACUUUGUAGGGCUAAGAAGAAACCGAAGCAGUUUAAAGCCAGGCCUGUGCCUCGUUUUAUUUACAGACCACCUGCGAAUGUCAAGCCAAAGAGGGAAGAGCUCUAUGGGGACAGCAGGACACAGCCAAAGGCCAGAGAUGUGCUGCAGAGUUCGCCUUGGCCCAGUCACUCCACUUACAGAGCUUUCAGGGACCCCAGAAGUCCUGCAAUGCCAAGGGGUAAACACAGGCAUAGGCGCCUGAGCCCCAGUGACCAAGGCUUGGAGAAAUGGAAGGAACCCUUCUCUGAACAGAGCUUUCGGAACUGCCCGGUGCUUUGUGACCAGUGUUGUCUUUACGAAUCCUUAUGUGACUCCAAUAAAAGACAGAAAAUCUUGGCAGACAUCCGAAUGGGUGAGGAAAUUUUGAAAGAAACACGCAGGCCUAAUCCUUCUCCUAGGCAUAAAUCCCCCAGAAGAAGCGCGCACGCCAGCGCCAGGCCUUGUGAAUACAGCCCUCCGAUGCCCACCGCGUCUUCCCGAGGGCGCGAGCAAGCCAUCAGGAAAUCCCUUGAGGAAAAGAAAAUGUUGGAAGAAGAGAGAAAUCGGAUCCUAACUAAACAGAAGCAAAGAAUGAGAGACUUACAGAAACUCCUGGCAACCCGGGUUAAGGCUUACGGCUCACAGCAGAGCUUGUCUCAGCUAGUUAAAUCCAGGGUAACCGAUCUCAGAAGGAGCGAAAAGGCCAGGAUGAAAGAAUAUUGGCAAGAAUUGGAGGAGCAAGAUAAAAAAUUGCAAAAGAGGCCGAUGCUGUUUGAAAGAGUCUCCCAGAAGAAUGCAAGGUUGGCCGCAGAGAGGUGUUACUCUAACACUCUAAAAGCACUAGGACUCUCUGAGGAGUUUGUUUCACAGAAAGGCCGAAGUGGAAAAGCAUCUGAGAAUGUCACCAGGCCAGAGCUGAGAAGCUGCACAUCGGAUAAAGAAAGCUCUUAUGGAGAAAAAAGAAAGAAUGAGGAAGAAAACUAUUUGACGGAUACCAGCAGCCAGGAUUCUUACAAGGGAAACAAGGAAGAUAUUAAAGAAAGUGGAGAAGAAAAUUCUGGAGAAUGAGCCUAAAUCACAAGGUUUCUUGUCUGGCUGACCCUCCCCGUGGAUCACAGUGCCUGAACUUGUAGUACUGGGGGCGUCUAUGGGAAAGGCUCUCACACAUGCAGGGCUGCUGAACCAUGGCCGGAAGGGCUGAGUCCACACAACAGGCGAUUCACUUGCUCGAUUACAGCCUCGCACACUGCAGUGUAGAAAUCACCAUGUACGCUGUUUCCGAUUGUGAUUAUGUUUGUGUUUUCAAAGUGUCUGAGGGCUGGAGAACCACAGCUGUCACAAAUGGGUUACUUAUGGAUGAGGUGUUUAGUUUUUUGUUUUUUUGUUGUUGUUUUUUUUUCCCGGAGCUGGGGACCGAACCCAAGGCCUUGCACUUCCUAGGUAAGCGCUCUACCACUGAGCUAAAUCCCCAGCCCCCAAUGGGUUACUUAUGGAACUGUCCAUUUGUGUUUUAGAGGAAAAAAUUGGUAUUUGAAGACUUUUAAGUGCACUGUUUUUAUUUUUUUUUUCUUGGAGCCAUUUGUAAAUAAGCGAUAUACUACAGACCAAAUAGGUACUUAGAAAUUUACAGUAAUUUGGCACUGAAAAGAUUUACUGCUAAAUUACCCACACCAUGGCUACUCUUGCCUUUUUUGCCCUUAUUCUGGUGAAGUUUAAGUCCAGAGCUCACACAUACAACUUAAUGAAUUCUACCAUUUGCUGUAUCCCCAAUGCCCCCAAAUUAUUUCUGAUCGGUCAAGUAUUAAAGUGCUUUUCGCUACUUUAAGAGUGCUUGUAUUAGUGCGUGCAGAAUGGCUGCGGCCCUCAUGAGUGGUAACCUUAGUUACGAGAGAGAAGUUACUGUGCUGUACAUGCUGGGGUGGGGUCCUAACUUGCCAAAGGAAAAUCCUAAAAGAAAUUCAGAUUUCUCGAUUUAUCCUUGGGUUAUUUUUAAGUGUUUCCUUUUUGUUUGUUUGUUUUUCCUUUUUUUCUUUUUCUUUUCCUUGGCUUUUUAAGACAGAGUUUUUCUGUGUAGCCCUGGCUGUCCUGAACUUAAUUUGUAGACCAGGCUGGCCUUGAACUCAGAGAUCCGCCGGCCUCUGUCUUCCUAGUGCUGGGAUUAAAGAAGCAUGGCACUACUGCUGGGCAAUUUUACUCUUAAUUACAUGUCUGUGCGUAGGAAUGUGGAUUGUCUUUGUGUACCUCUGUGUGUAGGUGUGGAUGUGAGUUCAGGCGCCUAUGGAGGACAGAAGAGAGCAUUAGCCUCCUUGGAGCUGGUCUCCCAGGCCAGGGCUGUGAGCCAGCUGACGCUGGGUGCUGGAAACCACACUUGUGUCCUUUGCAAGAGUAAUGUGUGCUCUUACCACUGGGCAGCCCUCCACAUCCAACCAGCUUGGUAUUAUUAUACUUCAAAAAUAAUCGGGGCUGGGGAUUUAGCUCAGUGGUAGAGCGCUUACCUAGGAAGCGCAAGGCCCUGGGUUCAGUCCCCAGCUCCGAAAAAAAGAACCAAAAAAAAAAAAAAAUAAUCAAGAGAAGGACAGCUUGGUUCGUCACUAUUUUUUCCUUUUCUUACUGUAUCUCUUUUUAAAGAUUCACUUUUCUUUUAUUGUGGGUUUCUGCCUGUGUGCAUGUUUUGUCUGUGCAACAUGUACAGUGUCGUGCUCUCAGGGGAGGGCAGUGGAUUCUCCAGAACUAGAGCUACAGACAGUUGUGACCCUCCAUGGACGUGCUGGGAAUUGAACCCAGGUCCUGAGCAGCCAGGACUCUUAAUGACUUGGUCCUCUUUGUGCUCAGUGAAAACAGAAAAGAAGACCCUCAACCUCUUCACUUCCCUUACAGCUAGGCAGACAUAUUACACAAUACCACAUUAGCCAGAAAGAAGGAGGUUUUGGGAAAUCCUUCAAAGGGAAGACAGCAGCUCAUCCCUUUGGCCCUUUCUUUUUCUCCUUCCUUCCUUGAGAAAGUGAGUUUUCAUUAAGCAGCAGAAUGGUGUUCUUAAUUCAGGAGCCAUAGCCAACUCCGUGUUUUACAUAUGGUUUGAGGUAUCAUUUCUAAAUUCCCACUGUGUCUGUGAUGCUGACCGUGCACGGUGACAGCAAUUGUUCGCUCUGUGUGAAGAAUGCUUACUUUUUCAAGAAGAAACAUGUCCACUUAACCUCUGAGGCUAGAACCACGCAACAGGAUAUAUCAACAUGGAGACCAGCGCUGAGGCCUGGCUGGAAUAAUUCUGCUCACUUUGGAUUAUUAAUAAAGAGCAUGCCCUCCUCUUCUUGGGGAACUGUUUGAUUGUUAGGGUCACUGUGGGAGGGGUGUCAUUGCUACGUCCAGACGGGAAGGUUCUGAGAAGGCAGCAGGUUGAAUGUGGACAGUACCCUGCACAUGUGUGCACAACCCAACAGAGAGAACGAAACGAGUGUGGCAUAGUUCGCAACAGAGGUAAACUCAUUAUGCCGCAGGGUGGAACAAACUAUGCUGCCCAUUUGCACCCCGACAAGCCAUGUUCCGAGAACUGUGCCCAAAGCUGUGUGGCUGAGAAACAGAAGCAAUCACAGGAAGCAGGAGGGCAGGAGGGAACCUGUUAGCACUCCAGACACAACACUCAGCUCUCUCGAAAUCCCAGCACUUAAGAGGCUGGGGCAGGAGAGCUGCUGCAAGUCUAACACACCCUAGGUUACAUAUUAAAUUUCAGGCCAGUCUAGGUUAUCCUGACUAUUCCUGAUCUCAAGAAAGUUCAAGAUAAAAUGGUUCAUUAGUGAUAUCAACAUUUAAUACCAUGGGAUUCACUUUUCUUGUUAUUCUUUACGUAUCCAAACAUUCAGGACAAACUCUCUUCCACAGUUUGCUGAGAUAAAAAGUCGUAUUACUGUCAGGGCUGUGGAGAUGAACUGUGUUCUGCCUCAGUUUCCCUUUCUCACAAGGAUGCUACGGGCUAUGAUUUCCUGUUGCUGCUGGGUCUAGCUUUUCCUGUCAUUAAGCCCUCAGGUUUUUUUUUUAAUCUCAGUCCAACUGAGGAAGUGGGAUUGGCUUGAAAGGGUGGUGGAACCUACCUUACUUUCAGAGUCAUCAGGGAGUGCCGUUUUAAGGGAAGAAUUGUAGGGAGAGUUUAAAUGCACACAUGAGGAGCUGCUUGUCUCGCUCCUAUGGAAGAACCUAUUCCGUUUAUUUAUUUGUAGUGUUUACUGUACCUCAUGUUGUGUCUGGAGUCUCGUAUGCAGUCUGUGGGCAGGCGGGGAGGACACAGGCCAGGGGAGACACCACAGCAUCAUCUCAGUCAUGGCAGCAUGGAAGUCCGUCUAUAAUCUUGAGCAGAAGUGCUCUGUAUUAAAGGGUCAGAGGCAUAGCUUGGGUAGUGCACUUGCCUAGCAUACCCAAGGUCCUGGGUUUGAGCUUAUCACCAAACAAUUAAAAUAUUCCAAAGGUUUAUAUUAUCUGCACACAAAUACACACAUACACACACACACACACACACACACACACCAACCACACACCAUAUGCACAUACACAUGCAUACACAUAUACAUACACAUACACACCAGCCACACACCAUACACACAUCCACAGACACCCCACACACACACAUACACCAUACACAACACUAAACACAUAUACACACAUACACAUAUACAAAGACACAUACACACAUACAUGCACACACGCCAACCACACACCAUAUACACACACAUACUCACAUACAUGCACACAUGUAUACACACACACCAACUGUUGGACCCAAAGGACCACCACCAAAGAUCGGUUCGUCCCCAAAGACCACCGAAACCAGAUUCGAUGCAAUCAGCAAGAGGAUUUUUAUUCCAAGCGCGCUGGGGUCCACAGUCGUACGCCACGUAGUGGUAGAGGACUACGGACCCAGAGUGCAGAAUCCGGACAGCUUUUAUAGGGUUUACAACAAAGCCCGCACAUCACAAACCAAUUAUUUCAUAGCAUCAAGAGCCCACGUGGUGUGAGCCAAUCAAUAUGUACCAUUCCAUGAUUUCUAGGCCAAUCAAUUUAAAUUAUCUGAGCCCGAGCUCCGUGGAACAGUCAGUUUCCUAUAAUCUCGGAGGUCCAUAUUUGCGUAGGCUCCCGGUGUGUGUGUGUGUGUGUGUGUGUGUGUGUGUGUGUGUGUGUGUGUGUGUGACAGAUUGCAGUCAAGACAGGUCACAAGGGCUUUUCUUCUAUGGCGCAAGCAGUUUACAGAAACUAGAUAACCGGUUAGUCAGCUCAUUUCCUGUUAUCUUACUAGGCCUGGAUCUCGUACUUAAGAGCCUAUCUUACACCCUUUCACCUAGUUCCAUACAGAGAGCAGGCUCAAGAAAUGUGACCUUUUACCUACUUACUGGCAGAGAGCAGGGUCUGGAAUUUGAGGUAUUUAGGUCUUCUUAGGGGUGAGAUAGCAUUUCAGCAUUUCUAAACUUCUGACUUCUUGGCUGCAUUUUUCAUCCUUUCACAACCAUACACCAUACACACAAACACACAGACACAUGCACACCCCCCCCACACACACACAAAAUAUACACACACGCAUACAACCCCCUCCACCACGCCCCCCACGCUUUUCACCUGAGCAAGGGCUUUCUUUAUGCUUGGCAAAUGAUGCUCUCCUGAUGAGCUACAUCCCUGACCGGAACACUCACACUUUUAUUCCCUGAGUGAUUUGACAGUAAUUUGUUUAAUCAGAAUAUUUAACACAUAAAUUCUUUAUCUGUCUUCUGUGUAACCACAUUGCCAUUAUAAUGCCUAAAAAAAAAUCAACUAUGUAUCCUCUAUUCUUUUCUCGGUACUGAGGAUUGGACCCCUACCGUGACCAGCAAACUGAAUAUUGAUGAAACACUUCAGUCUCUGCGAUAUUCAAUUUACCCAGUUGUCCCAAACAAUUAUUUCACUUCCUUCCAUUUCUGUAUUCAGUUCGGGCAGCAGUCAUGCCUCGACAGUGUCUGUAUUCUGUGAUAACCUUCCGUGAGGAGGUGUCCCACCUUCCUGGGCCCCCUCAGUGUUUGACCCCUGCUGAGCCUUGCUGAUGCAUGUGGAAGUCUUUUGUUCCUAACAAAGGAACACCCUGACCUUUUUGUUUGCCCUGGGUGGUACACCUGGGCCGUAACAAUGAUAAAUCGGUUCCUGUUUUUUGUUCCUGUUUCUUUGCUCCUGAGGGCAUAAGCCUGUUUUUCUCAGGUGCUUCCUGAAUUUCUCCACCCAGUGAAUUUGGGGUAUAUAUUCUGUGAAUCUCAGAUUUGGCAUUCUCGUAACAUGAAUGACCCGGGUAUAUGUCUUUUUGUUAAACCUCGCAGGCCUACGCCCGGUUCUCGAUACAGGGGUGGUGGGGGAACCCACCGAGAUGGCUGAUAACUACAUUUGAUCACUUAAGGUGUUCCUGUCACAUACUGUGCUGUAAAGUCCUUGUUAUCCCUUUAAGAUAACUGUGGGGCAGGGUGUGAGUAUGUGAGCAGUGCUUUAAUAUUAUAAAUAAAUAUCUGCUUCCAACAGAUUCCUCACCCAGUAGUUUUUAUAUCCCUGGAUACUCAUCCCUGACUGUGUUUUGAUACUGGGGCUUAUCCAAUGGCCAUUUUCUUAAUUGUUUAUCCUUCUGUGUUAGACAGCAGUCCCUCAAGGGCUCCCUGCUGCUUUUAGGUGAUGUAUCAUUACGACUGAUGAGUUCAUUUUACUUACUUUUUUUUUUUUUUGGUGUGUUAUAAUUAUUACCACUACUAAAUUUUUAGAAUUAUGCUCAAAUUAUCCUAAUUUGGCCAGCAUGAUGGCCCCACCAGUUGGCACACUUCCUUACCUUCAGGCACAAUGGUAGUUUCAAGGAUCGAUUUAUAUUUCUCUGUCCAGAUCUGGAAUCAUUCAUUUCUUAAAGAAGUCCAAAAGCCUUUAAUGGAGAAUGGUGUUCUCCAUAGUGUAAUGAGAACCUCAUUACACUGCUCUGCUGGGGGUUCUGCUGUGCCUGGCUUACAAGUACUGUGGCCAACAGACCCACUAAGAUCAAGUAAAGCAGACUUUUGAGACGUCAGUGUAAAUCCUAUCAAACGUGUUCAAUAUCUUUUAUAUUUAAAAACAUUGACACUUGUAUGCUUAAAAAAAAAAAAACAGCCAGGUGUUGGUGACACAUGCCUUUAAUCCUGGCACCCUAGGAGGCUGAGGCAGGAGGAUCUUUGAGUUUGAUGGCAGCCUAGUCUACAGAGCGAGUUCCAGGACAGUCAGGGCUACACAGAGAAACUCUGUCUCCAAAGACAAACCAACGAAAGAAAGAAAGAAAGAAAGAAAGAAAGAAAGAAAGAAAGAAAGAAAGAAAGAAAGAAAGGAAGGAAGGAAGGAAGGAAGAAAGAAAGAAAACAACCACUGGAUAAAUAAGUAAACAAGUGAACAAACAAAUAAUAAAAUAAAACAAAAAAAGUAAUAUUAUAAGAUGUGUGAAAAUCCAUACUUAUAAAACCAACAGGUCUACACCCUGUUUCACAUGUACCAGUUGAAACCUACCUCACUCUCCGGCUUGUUACCUCCUUUCAGGCAGACUGUUCUCUUUUGGCUUCCAGGCUCUGGACCCUUGAAUUCCCUGCCUUAAAGACUUCCUUUCUACCUCAGCUGGAUAGUCCUCAAGUCAAUUAAAAAAUGUUUAUGUGUAGGGAUCAAACUCUGUGGAAGCAUCACCUGUCAAUAAAAAGCCUGUGGCCUAUAAGAAAGGGUAGAUUAGAAGGCGGGACAUCCGGCUGAAAGAUAGGAACUCUAGGAAAGAGUUAGGCAUGGGAAAAUCCCGCCCCCCUCGGGACUCUGGUAAAGUCGAACAUAUGAAACCGAGGAGAGGUAACUAGCCACGUGGCAGACAUAGACUAGUGUAAACAGGUUAAUAUCAGUUACGAGCUAGUUGGGGAACAGAUUUUGGCCUAGGCAUUUACUCAUAAAUAAUAAACCUUGGAGUUGUUAUUCGGGAACUGGAGUGCACGUGGUAAAGCCCAAGGCUACAUUUACCUGUAUGCGUGCAUGUCUCUGUGCCUGUGUAUGUACGAGCAUGUGCCCACGGCGCCCAGAAGAGCUGAAGUUCUGGGGGUGAUGAGCCAUCCUACAUGGUGCUGUGAACCGAGCACUGCUUCUCCGGAAGAGCAUCUAGUGCGCUUGACCACAGAGUCCUUAUUUGUGAGGAAAUCUCCAUGGAAACAGGCCUCCCGUGCUGUGGAAGAAAGGAUUGGUUUGAAUUUGAGCUGCGUUUUGUCAUCUCCGUGGGGCUACUAGUGCUGAAUAUCUGAGUUCAGGGAGGCGGUGAUCCAAUACCACCUAGAAAUAAAAUACAGGCUUUUCUGCCACCGCCAUGCCAUCCAGACUGAGGAAGACUCGGAAACUCCGGGGUCACGUGAACCAUGGCCACGUCGCAUCGGUAAGCACCGCAAGCACCCAGGAGGCGGUGGAGAUGCUGGAGGCAAGCAUCACCACAGGAAUAAACUUGGACCAAUACCAUCCAGGUCACUUCGGGAAAGUUAGUAUGAGGCAUUACUACUUGAAGAGGAACCAGAGCUUCUGCCCAACUGUCAACCUGGAUAAAUCAUGGGCGUUGGUCAGCGAGCAGACACGGGUCAAUGCAGCAAAAAACAAGACUGGAGGUGCUCCCAUCAUUGAUGUGUGAUCAGGCUACCACAGCAUUCUGGGGAAGAGGAAAAUCCCUAAGCAACCUGUCAUAGUGAAGGCCAAGGUCUUAAGCAGAAGAGCUGAAGAGAAGUUAAAGGGUGUUGGAGGUGCCCGUGUUCUGGUGGCUUAAAGCCACUUCAGAGGUUAAUUAAAUGCUAACAUUUUCAAAUAAAUAAAAGAUAAAAUACAGAAAAAAAA